UAAUCGAUCUAGAUUACUCUUUUUCUGAAUUGGUUGGUAGCAACUUGUAACUGUUAUUCGAUAAAUCGAGCCCCCACCAACCCCCACUGACUAUAUGCCGCACACAACUCUCUCUCUCUCUCUCUCCCUCUCUCUCUCUCUCUCUCUCUUAACUUGUCUCUUGAAGUAACAACAGAUGUGUGGUGGUGCAAUAAUUUCCGACGACGUCCCGAUCCAACGUGGCCGGAAACUGGCCAACCAUGACCUCCGGGAUGCGUUGGACACCAUCUCUGAACUCGGGGGCUUCAACUAUUCCGGCGACAAAGACCACUCCAACCAGUCUGAUAACAUGGCCACGCUCAAGAAGCAGCAACUCAACCAAGGGACGAGUGAGAAGACUCAGAAGAUUACUCAGGGAGCGAGUCAGACUCUGAGACCUCGGAAGAGCAUGUACAGAGGGAUAAGACAGAGGCCAUGGGGAAAAUGGGCAGCUGAGAUACGUGACCCACAAAAGGGUGUCCGAGUCUGGCUCGGAACCUACAACACCGCCGAAGAAGCCGCCAGAGCUUAUGAUGAGGCUGCCAAGCGCAUCCGCGGCGAUAAGGCCAAGCUCAAUUUUGCUCAACCACCCCCACCCAAAAAAAGGUGUAUCAUUCCCGAGUCAACUCAAGAGAACUCGCCGUCAACCGAGCCGUCACCUCCACAACCAUUGAUGGGUUUUGAGGUCCACAGCCAACCCUACUACCUCAACUCAGUGGUAGAUGAUGAAUAUGAGUUCAAAGAACAGAUUUCCGAGUUGGAAUCUUUCCUGGGAUUGGAGCCUGAGUUGGGUCAGUUUGGGGGAACCAGUGAGUCGGACUCGGUGAACCUUUGGAUGAUGAUGGAUGACUUUGCUGCUACUGAACAUCAUGAUAUUAUCUUCUGAGCAGAUAUAUAGAACGUCAGAUCGUGUUUGUGUGAAAGUUCAAUGCGUAGUUUUAUGUUAUGUCAGUGGUUUUGAAGCAUCCUGUUCCUGUGCAUAAGAUAAUAAGUUGCACCUAGUUGCAUCUAGUCAUCGACAAUGUCAUUUUCUGCUUUUUAUCUCUUACUCUUGGAUUAUGCUGAUCAUGUGGGUGCA